CGGCACGUGGGUGAGCAGGAGGAGGAUGCUGACCUGUGGAUCGGAUACUCUGCCUUUCAUUUGGGUGACUACAAGAGAGCACUGGAGGAAUAUGAGGCCUUAACCAAACAACCAGCUUGCAAUCCAGAUGUUUGGGUGAACCUCGCCUGUACCUACUUCUUUCUGGGGAUGUAUAAGCAAGCUGAACAAGCAGCCUUGAAAGCACCUAAGAGUCGUCUUCAGAACCGUUUACUCUUUCACCUGGCACAUAAGUUCAGUGAUGAGAAGAAACUGAUGAGCUCUCACCAGAAUCUGCAAGACAUUACAGAAGAUCAGCUUAGCUUGGCAUCUAUCCACUACAUGCGGUCCCACUACCAAGAAGCUAUUGAUAUCUACAAACGCAUUCUUCUUGAUAAUCGGGAAUACCUGGCUCUGAAUGUAUAUGUGGCCCUAUGCUAUUACAAACUGGAUUACUAUGAUGUAUCACAGGAGGUGCUAGCUGUUUAUCUUCAGCAAGUUCCUGACAGUACCAUUGCUCUCAACCUUAAGGCUUGUAACCAUUUCCGACUUUACAAUGGGAAGGCUGCUGAGGCAGAGCUCAAGAACUUGACAGACAGUGCCUCAUCGUCUUUUGAGUUUGGCAAGGAACUCAUUAAGCACAAUCUGGUGGUGUUCCGAGGAGGAGAAGGGGCUUUGCAGGUCCUGCCUCCUCUGGUUGAUGUUAUUCCUGAGGCAAGAUUGAAUCUUGUGAUUUACUAUCUCCGGCAAGAUGAUGUGCAGGAGGCUUAUAACCUGAUUAAGGACCUGGAACCUACAGCUCCACAGGAGUAUAUCCUCAAAGGAGUGGUAAAUGCAGCACUUGGACAAGAAAUGGGCUCGAGAGAUCAUCUGAAAAUUGCUCAGCAGUUCUUCCAGUUGGUGGGUGAAUCAGCCAGUGAAUGUGAUACCAUUCCAGGGAGACAAUGCAUGUCCUCCUGCUUCUUUCUUCUUAGGCAGUUUGGUAAUGUCCUGAUUUACCUCAACUCAGUCAAGAGUUACUUCUACAACGAUGACACUUUUAACUUCAACUAUGCCCAAGCCAAAGCUGCCAUGGGCAAUUUUAGUGAGGCUGAAGAGGUGUUCCUUUUGAUCCAGAGUGAGAAGAUAAAGAAUGAUUUUGUUUACCUUAGCUGGCUAGCUCGCUGCUAUAUCAUGAAUAAGAAACCACAGUUGGCCUGGAAGCUCUAUCUGAAGAUGGAGACCUCAGGGGAGUCCUUUAACCUUUUGCAGCUCAUUGCAAAUGAUUGCUACAAAAUGCAUCAGUUUUACUAUUCAGCCAAAGCGUUUGAUGUUCUGGAGAGACUGGACAGUAAUCCCGAACACUGGGAAGGCAAGAGAGGUGCUUGUGUGGGUAUCUUUCAAAUGAUCUUAGCUGGCCGAGAAGCAAAAGAGACUCUACGGGAAGUACUGCAUCUUCUGAAGAGCACUGGUAAUUCUCAAGUAGAGUACAUUGUCCGCGUCAUGAAAAAGUGGGCCAAGGAGAACAGAGUUCCUGUUUAAGUCAGUGCCACAAAAUGCACCGGGUCAGUUAUUAUUGUGCGUGUGGCUGUAAGAUGUGGGUCUUGCUUUCUCCUGUGCAUUCUGGGUAUCUCCUUCCUUGCAGGACUUCAGACUAUCAAGCAGGUUGACCCAGCUGAGCAACAGCAUAGUGCAGUGAGACUGCAAAA